AGAGACAGAGAGAGAGAGAGACUCCAUUAACAGCACAGCAAACCCCUUCAGGAGCUCCACCGCUGGACUUUGUCGAUUUUUUCUUCUUUUUUCGUGAACCUUCCUUAUGAUAGGAUUAGGCGGGCCGCUGAAGGACAGAAGACGCGCGCGCUGCUGAAGUUCUGGGAAGUCAAGCGCUGUUUGCUGGAUUUCUUUCGGCGGUUUUUUGGUGAAGGAUGGCGCUGGACGGUAUACGGAUGCCCGAUGGCUGCUACGCAGAUGGGACCUGGGAACUGAAGAUGCACGUCACUGACCUCAACCGGGACGUGUCUCUCAGAGUCACCGGGGAAAUUCACAUCGGUGGCGUGAUGCUUAAACUUGUAGAGAAACUUGAUGUGAAAAAGGACUGGUCAGAUCAUGCGCUGUGGUGGGAAAAGAAGAAGACCUGGCUACUAAAGACCCACUGGACGCUUGAUAAAUAUGGCAUUCAGGCCGACGCCAGGCUGCUGUUCACGCCGCAGCACAAACUGUUGCGUCUCCAGCUGCCCAACAUGAAGCACAUGCGAGUGAAAGUCAACUUCUCUGACCGCGUCUUCAAGGCCGUGUCCGACAUCUGCAAAACCUUCAAUAUCCGACAUCCCGAGGAGCUCUCCUUACUGCGCAAGCCCCGCGACCCCAAAAAGAAGAAGAAAAAGCUGGAGGAUGCAGAGGAGGAGACGCUGGAGCUGGAAGGACCACUGCUCACCCCUGGAUCAGCCUCUGAUGUACUUUACAUUGGACCGGUGAAAGGGAGCAUCUAUUCCAGUCCUGGACUCUACAGUAAAACCAUGACGCCCACCUACGACUCUCGGGACGGCAGUCCUCUGUCCCCUACCACAGCCUGGUUUGGAGACAGUCCUCUGUCAGAAGGCAAUCCCAGCAUCCUCGCUGUCAGCCAGCCCAUCACCUCGCCCGACGUCCUGGUCAAGAUGUACAAGCCACAGUCCCUCCUAGACAAGGCCAAGAUCAACCAGGGGUGGCUGGACUCCUCCAGAUCUCUGAUGGAGCAGGAUGUCAAGGAGAACGAGGUGCUGCUGCUCCGGUUCAAGUAUCACAGCUUCUUUGACCUCAACCCAAAGUAUGACGCCAUCAGAGUGAACCAGCUGUAUGAACAGGCCAAGUGGGCUAUCCUGCUGGAGGAGAUCGAGUGCACAGAGGAGGAGAUGAUGAUGUUUGCCGCUCUGCAGUACCACAUCAACAAGCUGUCUAUCAUGUCUUCAGACAAUCACAUGAACAACAGUGAGAAGGAGGUGGAUGAAGUGGACGCCGCUCUGUCAGAUCUGGAGAUCACUCUGGAAGGAGGAAAAACCUCCAACACACUGGGUGACAUCACAUCCAUUCCUGAACUGGCCGACUACGUCAAAGUCUUCAAACCAAAGAAGCUGACUCUGAAGGGUUAUAAGCAGUACUGGUGCACGUUUAAGGACAUCACCAUCUCCUGCUAUAAGAGCCGUGAGGAGGCGCACAGCACACCAGCGCACCAGAUGAACCUGAGAGGCUGUGAAGUCACGCCAGAUGUGAACAUCUCCGGGCAGAAAUUCAACAUCAAGCUGCUGAUUCCUGUAGCAGACGGCAUGAAUGAGAUCUGGCUGCGCUGUGAUACUGAGAAGCAGUACGCUCAGUGGAUGGCCGCCUGCCGUCUGGCCUCUAAAGGGAAGACCAUGGCGGACAGUUCCUACAAUCUGGAGGUCCAGAACAUUCUGUCCUUCCUGAAGAUGCAACACAUGAAUCCCGAUCCGCAGAUCAUCGAGCCCAUCACCACCGACAUCAACCCCGAGUGUCUGGUGUCUCCACGAUACCUGAAGAAAUACAAGAACAAGCAGCCAGGCUUUGUCAGGGACUUGAUUUCAGCCCGUAUCCUGGAAGCCCAUCAGAACGUGGCACAAAUGAGCCUGAUUGAGGCCAAGAUGCGCUUCAUCCAGGCAUGGCAGUCCUUGCCAGAGUUCGGAAUCACCCAUUUUCUGGCCAAGUUCCAGGGGGGCAAGAAGGACGAGCUGAUUGGCAUCACCUACAACAGACUCAUCCGUAUGGAUGCCGGCACAGGAGACGCCAUCAAGACCUGGCGCUUCAGCAACAUGAAGCAGUGGAACGUCAACUGGGAGAUCAAGAUGGUGACGGUGGAGUUUGCGGACGAGCCCAGUCUGGCGUUCAUCUGUGCGGAGGUGGACUGUAAAGUGGUGCACGAGUUCAUCGGCGGCUACAUCUUCCUGUCCACUCGAGCCAAGGACCAGAACGAGUCUCUGGACGAGGAGAUGUUCUACAAGCUGACCAGCGGCUGGGUUUAAUCCACUUUGUUUCUCCUUUAACCAUCGCUCCGUCAUAAUGGUUUGAAAACUGAAGCUUUUUCUUGUUUUUUAAAAUUCUGUUCAUGCGCAUGAACGCAUCGAUAACACUAGCAGGACAGCCAGUCCAGGGCUCUGAGUCAAAGAGCGUUUUCAACCUGCUUCCCUCCAGAAAUGAUUGGGUUGUAGAGAUGAAGCAAUAGUAGCUGAUGGUCACACACACAUAUAUAUAUAUAUAUAUGACCUGUCACCCUCGGUAGAAAUAUGCCAGCUUUCUGCACCGCCAGUUAUUUAUUUGUGACUAAUUUCUGUUGCGUCUCUUUUGGGCAAUUGUUGAAUGUCGUGGUGCUCGUUUGUGCCUAUUAAUCUCUUAUGUUAACUAUAUCAGUGUUUCCCAACCCUGUUCCUGAAGACACAUCAACAGUACACAUUUUCAGUCUCUUCCUAAUCAAACACACCUGAAUCAACUUAUCAGAACAUUAGAAGAUCUCCUGCUCAGAAAAACAGCUUAAACCAGCCUAGGCUGAUUGGCUGGUUUUAGCUGGUCGACCAGCCUGGUUUUAGAGGGGUUUUGGCCAUUUCCAGCCUGGUCUUAGCUGGUCAGGUUGGAAAAUGACCAGCUUGACCAGCCUAGCUUGCUAGUUGCCCAGCCAAAACCAGCUAUGUCUAGCUUAAACUAGGCUGGUCAAGCUGGUUUUAGCUGGAUUUAGUUGGUCAUUUUCCAGCCUGGAAGUGGCCAAAACCCCUCUAAAACCAGGCUGGUCAACCAGCUAAAUCCAGCCAACCAGCCUAGGCUGGUUUAAGCUGGAUUUGUCAGCAGGGGAGACUCCAAAACCUGAAAUUAAUGGAUCAGAUAAGGGAGACAUCCAAAAUUUGUACUGUUGGUGUGCCUCCAGGAACAGGGUUAGGAAACACUGAACUAUAUCACACUCAUGUGAUGACACUAGCGAAGGAGCUGUUACACUAGCUUUAAAGGGAUAGUUUUCUCGAAAAUGGACAUUUUUACUGUUGAUUUACUCCUCAGGUCAUCCAAGAUGUUGGUCACGUUCUUUCUUCAGUAGAAGAUGUUGAGCUGAAUCUGUGGUCUUUAGGAAUUUUUAUAAUGGCUCUGAGAGGUUAUUUAGAUUAAAAUGAGACCUGAUGACACACUGAGGGCUUGUGAAAUGAAAUAAUUGGUUUGUGUUAGAAAUUGAUCAUUAUUUACAAUAUUAUAAGCUUUAAUCCACAGUAGUGUUGUCAAAGGUAUUGAUUUCGGUACCAGUCGAUACUGGAAUUUUAAAACUAAACACAUACAAACAAGUACAAAAUGGCUCCUGUUUACACACUGAGGUCUUGUGAAACGCAAACCAAUCGGUCUGUGUACAAAAUUGAUCAUUAUUUACAAUACUAUUAGCUUUUAUACACAGUACGGUAGUCAAAAGUAUCGAAUUCGAUACCAAUCGAUACUAAACUUUUAAAAAUAAAUACAUUCAAACGAGUCCAAAAUGAGUCCUGUUGAAACACUGAGGUCUUGUGAAACACAAAACAAUCCGUCUGUGUAAGACAUUGAUCAUUAUUUACAAUACUAUUAGCUUUAAUCCACUGUAGUUUUGUCAAAAGUAUCGAAUUUGGUACCAAUUGGCACUAAAAUCUAAAAAUAAACACAUACAAACGAGUUCAAAAGAGUCCUGAUGACACACUGAGGUCUUGUAAGGCAAAACAAUCGGUCUGUGUCAUAAACUAAACAUUAUUUACAAUAUUAUUAGCUUUAAUCCACUGUAGUUUUGUUAAAAGUAUCGAAUUUGGUACCAAUUGGCACUAAAAUGUAAAAAUAAACACAUACAAACGAGUUCAAAAGAGUCCUGAUGACACACUGAGGUCUUGUGAAAUGCAAAACUAUCAGUUUGUGUAAGUGAUUGAUAAUUAUUUGCAAUAUUAUUAGCUUUAGUCCACAGUAGUGUUGUCAAACGUAUCAAAUUGCUACCAGUCAAUACUGAAAUUUAAAAAUAGUCACAUACAAACAAGUCCAAAAUGAGUUCUGUUGACACACUGUGGUCUUGUGAAGCAAAACAAUCGGUCUGUGUCAGAAACUAAACAUUAUUUACAAUACUAUUAGCUUUAAACCACUGUAGUUUUGUUAAAAGUAUCGAAUUUGGUACCAAUUGGCACUAAAAUGUAAAAAUAAACAUGUACAAAUGAGUUCAAAAGAGUCCUGAUGACACACUGAGGUCUUGUGAAACGCAAAACUAUCAGUUUGUGUAAGUGAUUGAUAAUUAUUUACAAUAUUAUUAGCUUUAGUCCACAGUAGUGUUGUCAAAAGUAUCAAUUUCUGUACCAAUCGGUGCUGGAAUAAAAAAAAAAGUCGAUUUACUGCAAACAUUUGAGCACUCAUUUCUAAUCACAGUGAUUUCUGUUGAGCAUGUGAACACAAUGUCCAAUCAGCGGUGUUUAAAAACACGCUGAAAAUGGGAAGAACACACUGGUGGGAAAUGGACGUUUUUAACAUUUCGGUACAGAUUGGUACCAAAUUCGAUACUUUUGACAACACUAAUCCAUAGCAUGAUCAGUUUUUGGCGCAUGUGCGAAUGUAGUCCAAUUCCUUUUUAUCUAUCAACAAACUGAGUCACCUGACUUCCCGUCCAAACGUGAGCCCUUGUGCAUUUGUCAUCAAAGCAAUCGGAUUACAUUCACAUAUCCGCCAACAACUGUUUGACCAGACUGUGGAUUAAAGCUAAUAAUAUUGUACAUACUUACACAGACCAAUCAUUUAGCUUAAGACCUCAGUGUGUCAUCAGGAGCCAUGAUAUUGAUUCAGACUUGUUUGUAUUUGUUUGUUUUUAAUCUGUAAUUUAUAAGUAAAAACAGGUCACCAUUCACCAUUAUAUGAAUCACCAUAGAUUCAGCUCAGUCUUCAGCUUGGAUGAGCUGAAGGUGAGUAAAGUCACAGUAAAUCAGUAAAUUAAGUGUGAACUAACCCUUUAAUGAUGCUGCUUAUCACACAUCAGAAAGCCAAUCGGGUUGCUCAGUUGGAAGUACUUCUUGUGUACGGUGAGUUUCUGCAUCGAUAAGCUGUAGUUUGAAGUACUCUACAUUUAAUGACAUUUUUUACACUACGAUGAAGGAGAGUCGCGACACCUAUUAGACUUAUUUGUAGCAAACGAGCAGCUUGCCAUGAAGGACGUUUCUAAAACCCAAUCGGCUCAAUGUAGGACAAUGUUUCUUUUUUAUUAUUCUUCUCUUCAUAUGAAGUCUGCUAUUUUAUUCAGCACUCGUUAUCGUGAACCAGUAUAGUAUUAUUCAGAAGCGUUUCUUUAAUAUGCACCAGCGAUAGGUCACAGAUCAUGCCAUUUCCUUUUUAUUUGAGGUUUUUCUUGACAAAAUGAAGGAAGGCUAAAUGAAGUAUUAGAUUUUUCUUUUUGUAUCUAAUGUAAAAACUAAAAAUAAAAAAAAAAACGUUAAAAAAAACUGAUUUUAAAAGAGAGAAAUUGUACAGAUAUUUUUGUUGCUGCUUUUUUUUCUGUCGUUUUUUUUUUGGAAGUGUAUUUUUUUCCAGAAGAGAGGGGGAAAAAGCCAUUUUUUUUUUUUGACAUUUGAUGAUUUGGUCCCUGCCGAACUUAAGGACUUUUAGAAGUAUAUAAAUAUAUAUAUAUAUUAUCACAUAUGAAGAAAUGAAGUAAAAUCAUGCAUAUUAGGGCUAUCUCUUUAUGUCUGUGGUGAAGGAGCUCUAUUGUUUUAUUUAGUUUUUAUAAAGGAACACAUUUUUGUUGAGGAAACAUGCUCAUUUUACAACUCCCCUAGAGUUAAACGCUGUAUUUUUGAAUCAUUUCUGAAUCCUUUCAGAUGAUCUCCAGGUCUGACGGGAUCUUAGCGUAGCUUAGCAUACAUCAUUGAAUCAGAUUAGACCAUUAGCAUCUUGCUCAAAAAAAAGUUUCGAUAAUUUUCCUAUUUAAAGCUUGACUCUUCUGUAGUUGGGUCGUGUAACAAGUCCGAUAGAAAAUUAAAAGUUGCUAUUAUCUAGGUCAAUAUGACUGCUGUGUAAUAUCAUUGCGCUUGCUGUAGGGUUGUCAUGAUACUGUAAUUCAGUACCCAUCGAUAUAAAAACUUUGAUUUUCCUGCUAACAUUUGAGCGCUGUUGAGAACGUUCUUAAACAGCGCCGAUUUGCCAUUGUGCUCACGCGCUCAACAGAAAUGACUGUGAUUGGCUGUGAAGGUCAUCAGUUCACCGAACUCACCACUGAGUGUAAACACAGAUGCAGGGACACUGGAGCGUUUCAAAGUCACGUUGAUCAGCUGGUUUGUCUAUAAGCUGACAUACAAGCGAUCCCUUGAUGAAUGGCGGCUUUAAAACACUCCAGCGUCCCUGUAUCUGUGGUUACCCUCAGUAAACAGCGGUGAGUUCUGUGAACUGAUGACCUUCACAGCCAAUCACGGUUAUUUCUGUUGAGCACG